CAUCCCUCUCUUUGGUGAUGCUGCUUAGAGGCAGCCUGGCCUGGGAUCAGAGUGUAGCUGAUGAACUCAUAACCCUGAUUAGCAAAUUAGUCUCUUUUGGCCUGAUGACUGCUGUUGUAAGAUGGCUGCCAAGAAGGAAAGGAAUAACUGCUUAGGCAUUUUGGGUAAUUAAUGAGCUUACUGAGCAGCGGGGAGCUGUAGUUGGAGGUGGGGAGAGCUUUACAAGCCUAAGGACAGUGAUGCCUUGGCAAGAGACACAUUGGUGGGAGAGGAGGAGGGAGCAGCUGACCACUGAAAGUCCCUGCCUGGAUAAUUGGCCAAGUAGUCUGGGCUGCUCUGCGUGUGUUGGGAAAAGCGGUAAGUAUAUCUGGGGAAUUCCAGGAACCACCCCGCGCCAAAGCAGUCGUAUUCCCACCCCUCUCCUUCUCUUCCCUCCGCCUCCUGUCGUCACCCUGGGCACGUGUGAGGGAUCUGAAUAACAACUAAAGCUCUGCCUCGGCGCUUCAUUAUUCUGGAAUGAGCGGCAGCAUCUGUGUUGCUCCGGAGGAUGCAAUAAGCAGCCGGGAGUGGGAAAUACUGCCGGUAAUCCCUCCCUGCCUGCCUUUCCUUCUGCCGACCACGGGAACAUGAAGGCUGCCUGUCUCCAGAUGCUGCUGCUGCUGUGGGCCCUGUGCCUGGUGACCCUGGCUGGAGGGCAACCCAAAGCACCUGUGAAGUGUUCAAGAGAGUGCAGAAAUUUUACAAGUAAGUUAUCAGAGAAGCUGAUCAGGAGCUACCGUGAGACUGAACCUGGCUGCAGACGAAAUGCCACCAUAUUUAUUACUCUGAAGUUCAAGGAGAUUUGUGCAAAUUCAAUGGAAGACUGGGUGAAGAAGAUCAAAGACAAACUGGACAGGAAAAAGGCCACAGUGAUGCCACCCCAUGAUGUCACCUCAGCAGAAGAGCCUGGUAGUGUUGAGAGACAUGUUGGUCUUCCAGAACUGGCUCCAGCUCAAGCCACUGCUCCAACUAGUUUCUUCCAAGGGACUGGAACAACAGUUAGGGAGAGAAUACGUGCUCCUGCUGCCACGACAGAGGUGUCCAGCAAGCCCCCACUGGGCAGGCAGGACCCCACCCAGCUCCCUGAAGGAUCCACCCCCAUGGUACAGGAAGAGGCUGCUCACUCUGAGGUCACUCGAGAAGCAAAGGGAGAGUCCUCAAAUUCUCCUGCGUCUUCAGCAAGUGUUGCAGCAGGCGUGGGCUCCAGCCAGCCCACCCCAGGCCCCACUGCUCAAGAUACAGCUUCUCCUAACUCUAAUUCAGACCUGAUGGCUGCUGCUAGAAGAUCAAACCAACCUGUACUUUCUACCAGCAGAUCCCUGGACCCUACGAGAGCCAGAGCCAACACACCAGACACUGCUUCCAGCAGUUCUAGAUCAGGUCUCCCCUCCAUCUGGGACAGUAUGAAGACCACAACAGUCACAGAGACAGCACCACAGACUACUUCAGUUUCUACUCUGAGCUCCACCACUGCCAUGGACAAAGCUGCUUCUGUCCAUACCAGCAGGGUUGUUGGUCCCUCUGCAGAUGUGUUUGGCACUACAACAUUUGAUCAUUCAUUGCCUGUAGGGAAGCAGGAGCCUUCAGACACAGGAGUUGUUACUCACCAGGUGUUGUCAGGCCAAGCCAGAGUGCAGAUGAUCACAGUCAGGCCAAACAAUCUGCCUCUGCCCAGCUUCUUGUCAAAAUCUCAAAUGCACUUUGUCAUCCCAGUUUCUGUGGUAUGUGGACUGAUGGUUGGCAGUGUUGCUCUUGUGUGGGUGUAUCUGAAAUUUGGAGUCAAACCAGAAGAAACGUCAAGAGAAAUGGUGCAGGGCUUGCUCUACCAGCAGGCAGGACAUCAAGACAAUGUCUAUCCAAUGGAAGUAAUAUGAAUGCUUCAUGGCAUGGACAUUUCUGGCCUCAACUGUAUGUGUGUUGCCCCAGGAAAGCUGUUCGUGCUGAACUGGUGACCAGUAGGAAGCAAGCCUGGGAAUAAAAAUCACAGAGAAAACUGAUUUUUGGUAGAGCAGAAUGCCCAAGAAUAUAUCUACUUCAUCAUUGACCAAUCACAGUGUUUUGGAAACAGGGGAGACACUUCUUUUCUACUGGCACUGUUCUGUACAGAGGCUGUGGCUGUUCUAUUCCUGUUGGUGGCUCUUUGCCAGGUGUUGUGAUUUUCCUGUUUACCAAGUCUCUGUUGGGAAUUUUUCUGGUUCUUCAUGGCCUAGGCAAGAGGCCACUCACCCACCCACACUGCUGGACUUGGGCUCAGCCACCUUGAGAACACCAAACCCACACAAUUUGCACUUAAACUCUCUGCUGCUUCUUUCUUUGCACUUCAGGUCUCUGCUCUGUCAGACCAAGACUGAAGCUGGUGGCCAGCUGGCUGCUGGCUCUCCUUGGGCUGAUGGAAUUUACUCUCAUCAUUUUCUCUUGCUGGAGACACGAGGGAUAGCCCAGCUUUUCAGAAAUAGUUGACCAACCCUGCAUCUGAUCAGGGGACUGAAGGUCAGUGCUACAGAUCUUCUAUUCAGAGAAGCUGGCAAUCCACAGUCUAUCCUCUGUCUAUCUCCUCCUUGCAAUCAGGCCCUUUUAGCAGCUAUGGGUAUUUCUUCUUGCAGAUGAAUUCUGAGAGCUGGUUCUGGGUAAAUCAAUGCAAUAAAUCCCUUCUGCCAGCUGAUGCACCUUGUGUCCAGCUGCAUCCAUCACCAGGACAGCAUAAUGCUGAUGAAUCUUCACAAAUGGGAGAAAUCAAGAAGUCACCCAAUAAUUUUGCUAUUCCUGUGUUAUCAUUGGAACAUGCUGAUGAAUCUUCACAAAUGGGAGAAAUCAAGAAGUCACCCAAUAAUUUUGCUAUUCCUGUAUUAUCAUUGGAACAUUUUUGCUGUUCUCUGCAAGCACAAAACCCAGGAAAUGUGGAGCUAAAGGCAAUCCUGGAUGUAGUCAUGAAGGAAUUACUCUACCAGAGCAGACAUAACAUCCUUUUGAUCCCAUUUUCUCUCUAGAAAUAAGCACAUUUGCUGAUCCACAAAAAAAAAAAAAGAAGCACAAAAUGUUCACGGUCCUAUAAUUCAGCCACAUUUUAGUUUUUCCAUUUUGGAUAGCACUGAUCAUCAGGCUAUGAAAGCACUGUAACAGAACCAGGCUUUUUUAAACCCCAAAUUGAUUUUGAUUUUUAUACAUCCUGAUAUUGCUGUACAUAAGUGUUAUGUUUUAUCUGUGGUCAAGUCUUGAAAGCCCUUAUUAGACUUUGUCUCCAGGAUGAAUUCUGCUGGAGCGUGCAAAGGUCUUCAUGAUAUGAUGCUUUGUAAGUAGAUACACAUCAAGGGUCAGAUUCUAACCAACCUCAGUGGAUCAGAUCCCCAAGUACAAAUAUGCAUGCAGAAAAUAAAAGCAAGAUCAGCAAGAAAAAGGCAAGAAAAUAAUAAGCAAGAUCAUAAAAAAAAUGAUGGGCCAGCUGUAAAGCAGAGUUCAAGGAAUGUGGCCUGUUAGAUCUGUCAGAUUGCACCUUCAGGACAUCCAUGCAGCCCUGCAGGGGGAGAGGAUAGAUUACAACUGUGCUUGCUUUCUGCCAUCACACAUCCCUUACUUCUGCAUUUUGUUGACUCGAGGGAUCCCUCUCGGCCUUUGCAAGUACGGGAUGCAAUCAGAUUAACUUCAAUGAUUAAUUUGGACUGAGAUCCUUCCUUGUGCAGCAGCUCAGCUGUGGAACUCUGUCUGGGUUUGAUUUUCCUAGAGGGUAAAUCUGGCUCUGCCAGUGCCACCUCCCCACGCACCCCACUUGUGCACAGCUGGAACUCGUGAGCUGAUGUACUGCGGCAUUAUUUUUAUAUGAAACACUAGAAAUGUUAUUUUUGUAAAAAGGUUUUAUAGCUUUUUGAAUGUAUGUAAUGUCCUGUCUGAGCUGCUUGGAGUCGAGACCUUUUUGGCAGCACUGGAAAACACUGUGCCUUGUCUAUUUUGUUGCUGGUCUUAGAUGGCUUGUGCAUGUCCAUGGGAGCUGCAUCGCUGCCCAGGCCCUUCAGCACACGGAGCGGACACUUGUCUGCCGCAGGUGAAGUGCUUGUCCUGGAGCAGUGCUGGGGAGAUGGAUGUGCAGCAGCCAGAUCACUUGGAGUCCCACCAGUCUUUGGAAGGACCCUGCUUCCAGCUCCAGCACCAGCUCCCACCAUCUCCCAGCUGCCGUGAUCCCACUGGAACUCAUUGGGAGCAGCUGCCUCUCCAGGCUGGCCCUGUCCUUGUGCAUUCCCUGCUCCCCUCUCCUGUCCCUUGGCUGUUUGCAGGCAGGGUGCUGGCACCCUCACAGGGGACAGGUGAAACCCAGGACAGGGGGACACUGCUGUUCCUCUCUGCAAUGGGCAGUCUGGGAGGGAGGAUGGAGCCCGUGGGUGUCACCCAUUUCUGGGGGUUAAAGCACCACUUGCUGUAGAGCACAGUGACUGUUACAAGCUCCAGGUCAUUUGUAUAUUGCGUGUGUGCAUGAGAUAUGAGCUGUACAUUUUUAUAGAACUAAAAGUAAUAAAGUCCUUAUGUUAAAAACU